AUGCCUGGUACUGAUGCAGUCCUCAGGAGCAGCCCUGUUCGAGUUGGGGGACAGGCGGACGAGUCGCAAGCUUAUUUUCACCGACUGUUCUGGACGUUUCCACCAUGUAUCGAGGCAUUCCGUCAUUGCAAUCCCUUGGUCAGUAUUGACGGCACCCAUCUGUAUGGAAAGUAUGGGGGAACAUUGCUCGUCGCGAUUGCACAGGAUGGGAACUCCAACAUUCUGCCUGUUGCAUUUGCACUGGUUGAGGGUGAGAAUGCCAGAAUGCCGUCCUUCUUUCUCUCCCACCUGUGUCAGCACGUGACCCUACAAGCGGGUCUGCUGGUUAUAUCAGAUAGGCAUAACAGUAUCAAGGCUGCGCUUGAGGCUCCCAACGGAGGAUGGAUACCUCCAGCUGCCUACCGUGCAUUCUGUAUUCGACAUGUGGCAGCAAAUUUCGCCCUGAUCUUCAAGGGCAAGGACCCAAGCUCUCCGUCGUGUCCAGGUCUGCUGGUUAUAUCAGACAGGCAUAAUGGCAUCAAGGCUGCGCUUGAGGCUCCGGACGGGGGAUGGCUACCUCCUGCUACCUACCGUGCAUUCUGCAUUCGGCAUGUGGCAGCAAAUUUUGCCCUAACCUUCAAGGGCAAGGAUGCAAUGAGGCUUCUUAUGAAUGCAGCGUAUGUGAAGACGGAGGUGGAGUUCGAUUACUGGUUUGAUAUUCUGCGGUCUGAAGACCCUGUCAUGUGUGACUGGGCAAACCGGAUUGAGUAUUCAUUGUGGACACAGCAUCAGGAUGAGGGUCGGAGAUUUGGGCACAUGACGACAAAUAUCUCUGAGUGUGUUAAUUCAAUCCUGAAGGGAGUCAGGAAUCUCCCUGUCUGCUCGCUGGUGAAGGCAACUUACGGGAGGUUGGCCGAGCUAUUCGUCCGCAAGGGGAGAGAGGCUGAGGCCCAGCUGGGUACGGGACAACAAUUCAGUCAACACUUGGUGAAGUGUAUUGAGGCCAAUUUGAAGACGGCGAGGUGCUUCACGAUGACUUUGUACGACCGAGAUAACUCGGAGUUCACUGUCUCGGAGACGACUCCUACUGGUUCGUUCUUCCUCGGUAGCUACAGGGUGUCACUCGGAUCUCAGACAUGUGACUGCGGAUACUUUCAGGCACUACAUUUCCCGUGUCCCCACGCCCUGGCAUACUGUGCCUAUUCAUAG